AUGAGUAGCGACGCCAAAGAAAGCGACGCUGCAAGCAUCAGCGGCAGCGAGGAAGAUCCCAUGGACCAACUGAAAAAAACACAGUUUGAGCAGAAGCAUAUGGAACUUAAAGAGAAACUAAAAAGGCUCAAGAGUGUUAAUAAUAGUGGUGCACAUAAUGAUGCCAACAGUGCCGAUUCGGCCAAAGAGGACAAGGAGGAGGAGGAGGGUUCGAGCCCAAAGGAGGUUACCACUGGACAGGCAAAAAGUGAUAACAAGAGCAAGUUUCUUCAACUGAAGGAAAAGCUCAGAAGACUCAAGGAGGCGAAUAGUGCCCGUGGGGUGGGGCGCGAAAGUGAAAGUUUUAGAAGCGCAAGCAGUGGGCGAAGCGGGAGAAGCAACGACGACGCCGAAUCCCCACCCGCGGGGGAGACUGCCAAGAGAGAACCCGCUCCACUGCAGAAGGACCGAGAAACCUUACGAGCUAAACUGAAGGAAAAGUUAGAAAAGUUUAAAAGGGAGUAUGGAAUUUGUGAUGGGGAAAAGGGAAGAGCUGCAGAACAGGACGAGCAGCAGGAGGAACAAAGCAUGCCUCGAGACAGAACCUUAAGCAAAGGGUACCCAAACAGAAAGAACAGGAAACGUCCACGAGGAGGAAGUGACUCCACCAUUAAUCGCUCCACAUCGCGUGGAAUGAAAAAAAGACCAAGUUCUGACAGCAGGGAUUUGUAUAUCCCCCCCGGCAGAAAUAGAAUUAGCCGUAAUAAUCCACACGAGCGCUACAGAAGGGGUGCCAAUGACUCCCCCCGGUAUAGCUCUCCCGAAAGGGCACAUAGGAAGGACUACCGCGAGAGGAUGGUCCCUCGGUGGGGCAGUUCCUCGCUUGAGGAGCGAGUCGGCAGGGAUAUGCGCGACAGCCCCAGGAGGGGUAGAAGUCGAGAUCGCCACAGACGAAGCAGGGAUGGGGGUAGAAGCCGAGAUCGCGUUCGCAGCCGGGACCGCCACAGACGAAGCAGGGACAGAGACUCCUUGAGAAAUCAUCACAUAUCCUUGAACGCACGAGAAAGGGGGAGCCGAGUGCGGGAUGAUGAUCACACACACUUCAGGAGGGAAGAAAGACAAAACAAAUAUUUAUAUAACCAAAUGACAGGAGAAAAAGUAGAAAAGAAAUUCUUUCGAGUCCCCUUGGGAUAUCACACAACGAAAGAGAGCUGGAACAACUACACACAAUGGCUGCAAAAAAAAAAUGAUUACAGAUUUGGUCUGCCGUUUGAUCAAAACAAAAUUUUCAGGCGAUCUCAGUCGUUGUCUCCAAGCACCUGGAAGAAGUUCGUACCGAACUCUGAAGAGGACGAUGACGAGAGGGUGUCCUCGGGUUGCGAACAUGGAGAGAAGGCAGGCAAGAAUAAAAGUAAAAAACACAAAAAAAGUGAAAAGGCUCAAAGGGGAAAGCACCAUAAGGGGGACUCCUCAUAUGUUGAUGAGCACAGUGAUGAGGAUGAUAACGCGCGUAGGAAGCGGAACGGCACUUCCUCCAAUUCCAAGUCGCUCUCGCAUGGAGAAAAGGGAAGACACAACAGCAGUCAUAAGUCACACAGACGGAAGAGGGACGGGAAGAAAUAUUCAAGGAGUAUGUCGUCCGGGGAGGAGGUAGAAAGGGGAAACAGGAGCAUUGAAAAGGAGAAGAGGAGACGGUCAUCCGUUGAGAGAAAAAAGAGCAAAGCGGAGAAAAAGUCCUCCAAGAAGAGCAACCGUCAUAGGUACAGAAGCGGAAGCAGAGGCAGAAGCAGAAGCAGAAGCAGCAGUUACAGCGACAGCCACAAGCGGGACAAAAAAAAACAUAAAGAGAGAAAAUACGAAGAGGGGAAAAGAAGAAGCGAAAAAAAAAAAAAAAAGAGCAAACAUGAGGAGAAAAAAAAAAAGAGGAAGAGCAAAGAUGAAGAAAGCAAGAGGAAGUCCAAAAGGAGAAACAAAACGAAAAAAGACUCUGAAUAUUCUGAUAGCAUAGAGGAAAAGAGCGACGCGGCUGGCACGUCUGCCACGUCCCUGUCCUUCCUGUGCGAGGGGUACGACUCCCUGCAUGAUAAAGAUAUGAGCAGGGAGGGAUCAGGCGAUCGUGGAAGGAAGUCCGAAGAGAAUGAAGAAGCACUGGUUGAAGAGGAGGAAGGAGCAAAGGUCACCAGGGAGAAGAGCCCCAGUAACUGUGAAGACUCAUCCGGAGAAGGAAGCGACGUGGGACCAAAGCCACUGGAUGUGAACGUCAAAUUAGCUAACCAGCAAAUAGACUACGGUGCGGCCAUGAUGCCCGGAGAGGGCCAAGCCAUCGCGCAGUUCGUACAGAAGGGGAAGAGAAUUCCCAGAAGAGGAGAAGUCGGGUUGUCUGCUGAGGCGAUUGAAAAUUUCGAGAGCCUUGGUUAUGUCAUGAGUGGAUCGAGGCACAAAAGAAUGAACGCCAUCCGUAUGCGAAAGGAGAAUCAAGUGUACAGCGCAGAGGAGCAGAGGGCCCUCGCCAUGUUUAACUACGAAGAGAGGGCGAAUCGGGAGAAUGCCCUCAUAAGUGACUUGAAGGAGGUUUUGCGGAAGCAGAACGAGGCAAUCCUAAACGAGAGUAAGAAUAACUAA